AUGUUAGUCUCGUGGAUCACUAAUACUAUUGAUCCCGAGGUAAGUUCGACCCUCUCUUAUUAUGAUAAUGCGAAAGUUUUGUGGGAUGAUCUUCAUGAACGUUACUCUGUCGUUAAUGGGACUAGAAUUCAUCAACUUAAAUCCAAUAUUAUUCGUUGUGAGCAAUCUAAAACUAUGCCUGUGGCCACUUAUUAUGGCAAAUUGAAGGUUUUAUGGGAUGAAUUAGCUUUGCAUGAACCUCCUCUUGUUUGUCAGUAUGGUGAUCUUGGUCCGGCCCUUCUUAAACGCCGCGACAGCGAUCACCUUCACCAAUUCCUUUUCGGUUUAUAUUCGGACUACUAUGGCACUAUUCGUUCCUCUAUAUUGUCCCAUGAUCCGCUACCUACACUUAAUAAAGCUUAUCAACAAAUUUCACAAGAGGAACGAGUUCGGGGGUUUACUCGGCUCAAGGAUGAAAAACCCGAUGUCCUCGGCUUCGCGGUGCGCACUGAUUCUCGCGCGGAGGGCCGUGGACGAGGGGGGGCGGGGUCAUCCUCUCGUCCGGAUAAAUCGGGUCUCAUUUGCUCUCAUUGUCAUAAAACGGGUCAUGACGACUCCACCUGUUUCUCUCUUCAUGGGACUCCUGAUUGGUGGUAUGAAAGAUAUGGCAACAAAGCUGAAAAUAAUUUUUCUCGUGGUCGUGGUCGCAACCCCACGCCACCUGCUUCUACUAGCCGCUGCCGCGGCCCUGUUCGUGCUAAUGCCACACCUACCGACCCACCUCCGGCUUCAGGUCCGAGCAGCUCGAUCCCCGCCAUCACCCCGGAACAAUGGCAGGCUUUGUUUGCUACUUUUGGUAACUCCUCUACUACUCUGACUAAUUGUCUCAGUGGUAAGUUUGAGCUUUCUUCAUGGAUUAUUGAUACUGGUUGCUCGCAUCAUGUUACGGGUGAUAUCUCUCAUCUACGUGAUAUUGUGUCUAUUGUUGAUUGUCUUGUUGGUCUCCCUAAUGGGGCUACAGUUCUUGCUACACGUUCUGGUACUGUUCAUUUGAGCGAUACACUUGUCUUACAUGAUGUAUUAUAUGUUCCCAAUCUGCAGUGUAAUUUGAUUUCUGUCACUCAACUUAGUGAUACGUUAUCUUGUUUUGUCACUUUUUCCACUAAUAUUUGUGCUAUUCAGGACCUUCAUUCGAGAGCGCUGAUUGGAACGGGUGAGAGACAAGAUGGACUAUAUUAUUUUCGGCAGCAUCAUUCGGCUCUCGCGGUAUCUGUUCCUAGCUCUGCGGCUUCGACUUUGGCUCUGUGGCACUCGCGAUUGGGGCAUCCUUUUGAGGCUGUGGUGAAGUUACUACCUUUUGUUUCUUCUUCUCCUCACUUAGACAAAGGAUGUAAUGUUUGUCAUAAAGCUAAGCAGCCUAAGUGUAGUUUUUCUGUGAGUGACACUAAAGCCUCUCGGAUUUUUGAGAUGGUUCAUUGUGAUUUGUGGGGUCCUUAUUCGAAACCUUCUUCUUGUGGUUCUCGGUAUUUUUGA